UUAAGUUCGAAACUAAAGAAAAGGAUAUCCGGCUAUUGGAGUUGGUCGCUACAACAAAACACCGUUAUAGAAGAUGAGAAAUUUCAAUGAGCGGUAAAACAGUUUUGUCUCGCCAUGACUAGUUGACAAUCGCAGCAUCACGGUAAAUCAGAGCACUGAUAAUGGAUGAGACUUCUAUUGAGAGACAGGCUGCCCCAGACCCUGUGGAUGUAGCUGAUGGAGUAAACUCACCUGGAAUAAAACAGUCUGAAUCAGAUUACAUUUAUAAUGAUGAUUUUGAAAAUGCUGACUUUAAUGAAGAAUCAUCAUCAAGGUCUUCCAGUUUAACAACUACCUCGGAGAAAUCUGAAUAUACUAAGUCAGAGAAAGGUGAGCUUGAGACUUCAGGCAAAGCUGGUUCUGAGAAAGACGGAAAAGAAGGACAACCAGCCAAGUCUCCACGCUCGCCAUAUGAUGACCAACAGUCGGACGAUUCGGAACCGGAGCCAGAAGGUGAUCACUACAUUUUCACAGAGGACCAAAAAAGAGCCAUGAUGGAGCUCAUGGUCCAGAAAGAGGAAAAUGGGGAAUAUCCAGACGAUCCCCCAGAGUACAAUGUUAAAGAACGGCUCAAAGAGCUUAACGAUGAGCUAGCUAGAGAGCCAUAUCCAGAGGAGGAUGAUCGAAAACAUCGUGUGGAUUUUAAGGAGGAACUUGUUGAUUUAGUAGCACCUCCAGCCCCAGACACCAGUGAUGAUGAAACUCCACGAAAAACUAUUAAAGAUGAGUCAGACAAAGAGCAGCCUUUUAAUAACAAGGCAAAUUCUGAUGGCAGUGAAAAAAAACAGUUUGUGAUUGAACGAGAUGGGAAGUUUUUCAUUCUGGCUGCUCAUGAGCUGACUGCAUCAGAGCGAGCCAUGCUAAAUGUUGACAAGGAUGGCAAAGCAGCGCAUGAUGAUGUUGGUGAUCAUAAUGACAACCGCAAAAUCAAAGUGAGAAGUAACGACAAUUUUACUGCCGAAGGCAAAAGAGACCUCAAACCAACUCCUCCUUUGAAGCCCAGACCAUUCACUGCCCAGCCAAAAAGCCAGUCAUCAUCAUCAAGCUUGCGCCCGAGAUCUGCAGGUUGGAAUUAUGGUAUGUCUCCUGAUGAGAAACAGCGUGCAAAAGAGAGAGCAAAACUGCGAGAACAAAGGCAGCAGGAGGAAGAAAGAAGACACAAGACAGAGGAAGAGUAUCGCAGGAAGGAGGCUGAAGAUGCCUAUCAGGCAUGGCUGCAACAAAAGUUGGAAGUGCUCAGAAAGACUAAGGAUGAGGAAGACAAGAAAAAGCAAACGGCUGCCAAGGAAGAUAAGUUGGACAACGAUAAUGAGAAAAAACAGGAUGCAGUGGAAGGUUAUCCUCAUAUUCCAUAUUUGGAGGCCUUCGAGCCAAUCUUCCGGUUAAAGAGUACAGAAAAUGAGAAAGCGUAUCAAACUUGGCUCAAGGAAAAGCAGGGGCAAAUGAAACGAGAAAAAUUGCUGAAAAAACGACAAGAGCAGGAAAUUCAAGAGGGCUAUUACAUACGCUCUCGCGAAGAGUGUGAUAAAGCAUACAGAGAAUGGCUGAGGAAAAAAUAUGCCGAAGUUCUCAAGCAGCGUUCAGCAGAAAAACAACGAAACAAGACCUAUCGUAUCCUAAUGAGAAAGACUCGUAAAAAUGCCAUGAUGGUCAGAUCCAUUCAUCAGGCUCAAGCAUUUCGUUAUGUUGAUUAUUAUGGUGGGGAAUAUCAGUCUGUGUUGAAGACUGUGGCUUUACCUGAGAAUUUGUCUAUCCACACCAUAUAAAUUGUAUGAAAAACAACGGAUGUUAUAUAUUUAAACCCUCUUUUAAAUAUCUUUAGUUCUUUGACUUUCAUAAAUAAGAAUUGACAGUUUGUUAAACAAUCUACAUAAUUUUUUUCUACACAGUUAAACAUUUUGAUACAACAGCUAUGUAAGUGAUUGUCUUUAUUUCUGUUUAUAGCAGACUGGAAAUUUUGAACAGUUGCUUUUACCAGUUAAAAUAUAUAUAUACAUUAAACUAAUAGAUUACUGCCAUGGUCUAAUUUUUCAAAAAUUCCAAAACUUAGUAAGUUAACAAGAUAGUGAGUAUUCAUGACUAUGCAAUGUAAUUACUACUAAUUUGUCAAUUAGUUUAUUUUUAAUUGUUUCAGAAAUCCUAAGAAACAAAAAUCUGUCAGCAGGUGUUAGGAAUGGAUUCACGAAAGUAUAACUGAUGCAGGAUACUGCGGAUAAUCAAUGUAACUUGAAUCUUGUGUAGUUAAUGUAGCCCUUAGACUUGUUUUCCCCACAUCUAGCUGAUGUCACUAUCAAAAAUCUGCUCUAAAUUAUAAUGAGGUGUAAAGUCCCCAUAACAAUAAUACAGUAACAAGAUUUGUUAAACUUUUUAUACGCAGACUACAGUGUGGUAAGAGAAAGAAAAGGGGAGACUAGUCAGUGCUGUUAGAGAAAUUAAAAAAUUUAUUACACUCACCCUUUUUGACAUUGAAUUUGGUGUGAAAGGUUUCAGCUCUGUACUAACCCAGGCACCAUACUUUUUCAUUGGAAAUGAUGUUGAUGUGUUUAGUACAGAGUCAAACACACUGGAAUUCUGGGUAGCCUAGUGCUAUAGCCAUUGUCUCUUGUGAAUGGUGAGGGUUUUUCUCAGAGUUUCUCAUCAAACGUACUUUUUGUUCAGUGUCAGUUUAGCAUUUAAGGAACAUUUCCCAUUUUAGGUAGACUGAUGGUUGUGGGCUCUUCUCUCAGAGUUGCUCAAAUCUUUAAUGUCACUCCUAUUGUCAAGCCUGUUUCUCACUUGUCCGCAAAAAGGCAUGUGUAAGUUGCUCCCAGAUCUGGCCCCUAAUAAACCUUGAGGAGGUGGACUGGCCAGUGGUUAAUCUGCUUGACUAUUAAGCAGAAGGGAGAACUCUUCCUGCCCACCCAGCAGAUUGCUAGUCCCUGAUUCCCAGGGAAGGGAAAUGGGGGUGGAGGGAGAGGGGAUUUUGAGUCGAAACAUUUGUAUUUGUUCAUUACAAUAUUUUUGAGGGUAUCAACUCUUUGACAUGUUUCUGUUUCAACAGAGAAGUUCUUCGAGGCUCUUAUAAAUCAAAAUGAGAAUAAUAACUUUAUAUAUUUUUGAAAAUUUGUUGUUCUUCUAAACAUAUUUUUGAAGAAUAAAAGUAAGUGCAACAGAGAGUUGAUUAUGUAUUAUUGUGCUAUAGAAAAAAAGAAGGGGAAGAAAAUAUUUUAAUUACUACUUGUUAGUAGUAUAAUAAAAAAAUGUCUCUGUAUAAUAAAAUGUCAUCAUUUUCAAAUUUUCUUAAUAUAUUUUGCAUCUUUAAGCAAAUAUUGUAUUUUCAAAACAUUUACUGCAAUUUAAAUAUUCAAAACCACAAGCGUGCAUGCUAGAAGCUGUGAUUGCAUAGACUCUUGAUCGAAAGAAGCUACUAGUUCCUAUAAUAGUUGAAACUGAAAGAUAUUGCCAUUAGGUUCAGAACCAGCAGAUCUUAAAUAGAAGCCUUCAAAUGAAUGCUGUAAUAUCAGUGCAACUUGGGAGCUCUUGCAAACACAUAUAAUAUAAAUAAAAUCUAUUUUGAAAUUGUUUCACUUACUGCAGGACUGCUUUUUUCUGUUUGACAAACUUCAUUGACUUUUCAGUUUUAUGUGAUUAUAAUUGGGGCUGACACCCUGAAAGGCAGUUGCACUGGCACCACGCAGUGCCUAUCAAUAAUUUAUAUCUCUAAUGUAUGUUCAAAUGUAAUGGCAGGGUAGUGCCUUCAGUGCCUAUAUCAUCAACUCUUAGUUCUAAGGUAUGUAUAUCUUUCUCUUCAAAGGGCAGUCUCACUGCAGUGCCUGUCAUCAACUUACAUUUUUUAUGUACGUACAUAUCUAACUGUAGGACAGUCACUGCAAUGUAGUCAUCUUUCAUUUCUGUUAUAAAUACAUGUCCACCACAGCCACACACACAGAGGACUUACAAGGGUGAGUCAAUAUAUCUAGAAUACUGCUUCUACAAUACUUUACUUCAGUAGAAAUGUAAACUUGCAAUAACAUCAUUUUUCAACAUAGUCCCAUUGCUUUUCACUGUCACUGCACGAGCUUCUUUAUGCCCUUAAAGAAAACACAGUUUUGGGCUGAGCAGCAAGCCAGGUAUGCACCGUUUCCUUCAGCUCUUGGUCCAAAGCGAAUCGACGACCCCUUAAUGUCUCCUUAAGUGUACUAAACAGGUAAUAGUCUGAACUGGUGAGACUAUACAGAGGGUGAGUUAGUACUGGAAUACUCAGAUCUGACUUUCUGGAGGGUCUCACUAACAUGGGCAGCAGUCUUGUAGCAACAGCGUCUUUCGACACCUUUCCUCAGCGUUUGCUAUGAAUUGCAGGCUCCAGGCAGUCGAUAAGCAUCUCUCUGAACACUGUUUAGUGUAGGGUCUCUGUUCUGAUGUUCUGUCUAGUACUAGUCGGACAGUGUUGUCAACAGAAACGCCAAUUCAACUGCAUUGUGGAGAAAUGUUGACUCACCUUCAGCUGCUCUGAUAUAAAAAUGUCUAAAUUUGUCAUGAGGCUAGAUGAAACCAACAUGAAUUUGGUACAGGCAUUGAUCAUCUCGUCAUGCGCAAUAUGGACAUAAGCACCCAAUAAAUUAAUUCCCCCUUUUAAAUUAGAGUUUCUAGCUCUUAGCACCCGAACCUCAAAGUGCCUAAGUUUCUGAGGUACAAGCAUUUUCAGCUUUCACCUGGAUGCCUGCAUCAUUUCUCAGAUGUCACAAAGGCGUUUGCUCGCUGAUCUGGACCAUCUCAUUAACAUGUUUGAAAAUCUGCUGCUUUGGUUAUACCUUCAGAAACGUCAGUGGCAUUUAUUAGGCCAAUUCCUUUUAAAAUUCUAAAACAAAUCUUAAAUACAACAUUUUUUGAAAAAACUAUGACAGCACAAUAUUCUUUGAACUUUCUAGCAACUUCAAGCUUAAUCUCUUGCUUGAAGUCUCUGUUCUCUUUGAAUGUCUCAGAUGUGGAGCUGUAUAUUUCAUUCUGUAGUUUGACAGGGAAUUUGUAUCUACAUUAGUCACGGACGUUUCAGUAAACGUACACCUGACAAGCCAAAGAAGAUGUAAAGUAGAUAUGAGAUUUUAACUGAGAUUUGUGUGUUGUGUAUCAGUGUCACAAACUCUUGAGUAGGACAUCGCUUGCAAGCUGCGAGCUCGCCUUUUCUUGUAUGAAGCAACAACAUCUGUGAUAUGAUUAAAGAGUAAAGAGUAUUGUUCGUU